AUGACCUUCACAAAAUUUGAAUUCUGUCGCACCGGUACAUCUCCAACGGUGGAACGACUGGACGAAGCGCAGAUAACCGGUGCGUUUCCCGCGCUGUUCACACAAGGGUUCUCCUAUCCCAUCACAGCCGAGGAAGCUCACCGGCUUCAGGCCAACAUGAAUCAAACGUUUCACACGGUCAUAUGGACCACAGAAUUCGUGCCUACAUCCCCAUCUCCCAAUACGACAGUCAGCGUGCCACAUUCUUACCAGUACUGGGCACUGAUUCUCUUCAUCUUCCCGCUGGUGACCGUCUUUGGGAAUAUGCUGGUCGUACUGAGUGUCAUUCGCGAGGCUAACUUGCACACGGCCACGAAUUAUUUUAUUGUCAGUUUGGCUGGAGCGGAUAUCAGUCUGGCAGUGCUGGUGAUGCCGAUGAGUGCAUGGGUUGAGUCAACCAGAGGCAAGUUCCUGUUGAUGCUGAUGUACGGUCGACAUCCGUGCCUUCCGGUUGAUCAGGAAAUCGGGUCGGGACCAGCAACGCGCUUGUCUCCGGAGGAGAUAGAGGAGGAAAGAAGGAGAGCUCGAGAAAACUUAACCGCCGUUCAGGAAAGGACUGGGCAGAAAACGGCAAGUAGAAAGGCACGACCACUUCCCAUAGGCACGAAGGUCAAGUGGAAGGAUCGUCAGAAUCCUGGAAGGAGUGGACUGGGGUAG